UACAGCUAAAUAUAUUAUAGAAUAUAAAUAAAUUAAAAAGAAAAUAAUCACUACACUGUCUGCACAAUUGGAGUUUUAAAUUUUACCAUCUUUUACACUCUUGCCAAAUAAUUGUCACAAAAUGUCAGACAGUACAUUGGUUGAACAAAAAGAAAAAAUUGAGAACAUUUCUUGCGUGGAUACCAAGACAAACGGUGCUGAAAACCACAAAGAAACAGAAGAACAAGGUGCUGGAGAUGUAGAUGUGAAUAAGGGGAAAGAUACAGAACUAACUGUUGAAACGACAGAGAAAAAAAAUGAUGAAAAAUCAGACAAUGAUAAUUCUGUAGACACUUCACAGAAAAAUGUGGAAACAGAUGGUAAGAACAAGGAGCAGGGGAGUGUGGAUGCUCCGGAAGAUGCUGUGAAGGAAACUUCUGCUUCUGAAGAUGCAAACGUGACAUCAACAGUGGAUGACGAGUCAAAGGAGGUGAAAGAAUCCUCACAAGUGAAAGAAUCCCCCGCAGAAAAAGAGUCUUUACCAGAAAAAGAGUCCCCACAAGAGGGGGAAAAAAAAAAAAAGUUUUUUUCUUCACCAGAAAAAAAAACUUUACUAGAAAAAGAGUCCUUUCAAGAAAAAGAGCCCUCACAAGAAAAAGAGUCCCCACAAGAGAAAGAGUCUUCACCAGAAAAAAAAACUUUACUAGAAAAAGAGUCUUUACAAGAGAAGAAGCCCUUAGCAGAAAAAGAGUCCCCACAAGAAAAAAAGUUCUCACCAGAAAAAAAAUCUUCACCAGAAAAAAAGUCUUUACCAGAAAAAGAGUCUUCUGGGACAAAAGUCUCAUCCAAAGAAAAAAGUUCCUCUGAAGAUAAAGUUGUCAAGGAUCAACCGGAGGAAGACAUGGAGGUGGAUGAGCAGAAAAAGGAGGUUGCUGAAGAAAUGGAAGAGGCAUCUGAAGUCAAAGAAAAAAAAGAUGAAAAGUCUGAAGAUCCGGUUGGUGAAGAAAAAGGUUCUGAUGACGAAGCUGAUGCAGAUGAAGAAGAAUUACCGCCUGGCUUAUUAGAGAGACCUGUUGAAAUUUUAAAAGCAAAACGAGAACGAAAGAAAACAGCAAGAUUUACGUAUGACGACGUACCUGCACCUUCCUCUGAUAAGAAGAAGAAUGUUGAAAUACAACCAGGAAAAGGAACACGGCUUGGUUUACAUCCUAGAGUAGAGACACAGUUGCUGAGAAAUCGCGGAGAGGAUUUGAAAAUUAUUCAUAAGUUGUUUUUUGGCAAUUUUGGAAAUCCGCACUCUUGUAAAAGCAACAUCAGGAACUUUUCUGGGUUCCUGUUCGAAAAGGACAGUCCAGAAUAUGAGAAGAAAGAAGAUUAUAUCGGACGUUUCACUCUUUCCAAUCUCAAAUGGGCGAUUGAUGUUUGCGACGUGCCGAUCAAGAAAAAUCAUUUCUUGAAUAUAUCUUUCCACGAUCCCUCUCGCUGAGCUUGUAUUCCUAAAACCGGGAAAUCCCCUCUGUGGACGCAAUUUUUAUCUUUGAAAUUUUACGCCCGCAAUUUUUAAACUGGAAAUUUUUACCAGCCAGAGUCUGACAAUUUUUUUGCCAUUUUUGUAAUUAACAUCGCCUGAUUUAAAAGUAUGAACGACAGUACGUUUUCACACAGCUGCUAAAUGCAUUAGCUGAUUUUUGUAUGAUAAGUUAUGUUAAUACAUUCGUUUCGAUCACGUUUAGUGCUAACGUGUAAAUUCGAUCAUGUAUUAUUUAAUGAUAAACAUGCGUUGUUUUUCAUCAAA